UGGUUAUCUGUCGCCACCCGAGUCUCCUCAACAGUGUAUAUCUGAGCCACCAAUGAAGGUUCCGCGAUUUAAUCAAUCUCAACUGAGCCCACAGCUAGUUGCAAUGGCGUUACAACAACCUCAACAUAUGGUCGGUGCACAUAACACACCACCAACAUCUCCGCUUAUGGACCUUCUUAUCAACUCAUCAAACGAGAACGUCUUGACAUCGCAACCUCUUCAGAGUCAACAGGUGAACCGUCGAAAAGGCCGCCGAACCUGGGGUAGAAAGCGAACAACCACACACACGUGCUCACAUCCAGGCUGCAACAAAACCUACACCAAGAGCUCGCAUCUCAAGGCUCAUCUCCGAACCCACACAGGGGAGAAGCCGUAUGCGUGCAACUGGAAGGGAUGUGGUUGGAAGUUUGCCAGAUCGGAUGAGCUAACCAGGCACUACCGCAAACACACUGGGGAUCGACCUUUCCAGUGUCAUCUCUGCGAACGGGCAUUCUCUCGUUCUGAUCACUUGUCGCUUCACAUGAAGCGUCACAUGGUUUUGAAUGAUGUUGAGUCGCUUUUACACGACUGGGAUCAAAACAUAGGCCAGCAACGUGCAGAGACCUGCUCGCCAAUUAAUAGCCUUGGUUCUGUAAGCGAUUGUUCAUCAAGCGUGUGCUCUUCGCCUCCAGCCUCAUCGGUCGGGGAGUGUUAUGAUGACCUGCUUGACUUGGACUUUAUCCUAAACAAUUCAAACGCAGAACAGCGAUUCUACAAUGACGAUUCAUCAGUGGGGAUUAUGAUGAUAAAACAAGAACCGAACAGUCCACUCAUGCGAGCGGAUUUGGACAAUGUUUUUGGACAUGCCGACCUUACACAUUUGACAGUUGCUAUUCCAAAAGAACAAAUGCAUCAACAAAAGUCUAUGUACGGCUUGUCUCCAUGUAUGUUGACACCGCAUGGUUAUCUGUCGCCACCCGAGUCUCCUCAACAGUGUAUAUCUGAGCCACCAAUGAAGGUUCAGCGAUUUAAUCAAUCUCAACUGAGCCCACAGCUAGUUGCAAUGGCGUUACAACAACCUCAACAUAUGGUCGGUGCACAUAACACACCACCAACAUCUCCGCUUAUGGACCUUCUUAUCAACUCAUCAAACGAGAACGUCUUGACAUCGCAACCUCUUCAGAGUCAACAGGUGAACCGUCGAAAAGGCCGCCGAACCUGGGGUAGAAAGCGAACAACCACACACACGUGCUCACAUCCAGGCUGCAACAAAACCUACACCAAGAGCUCGCAUCUCAAGGCUCAUCUCCGUACCCACACAGGGGAGAAGCCUACAUGUUUUGAACAGAUUGACCACAAUUUCUCACGAGUGUGCCUCUGUGAAUUUAAUAUUUUAAAAACAUUUUCACCAAUUCAAAAUAAAAUGGCUGUUUUGGCUUGCGAAAUGCCUUCAGCGUUCAACUCUGGAAUAUCUGACUUCGACAUGGGAAUGAUGAAUGUUUUGAAUGAUGUUGAGUCGCUUUUACACGACUGGGAUCAAAACAUAGGCCAGCAACGUGCAGAGACCUGCUCGCCAAUUAAUAGCCUUGGUUCUGUAAGCGAUUGUUCAUCAAGCGUGUGCUCUUCGCCUCCAGCCUCAUCGGUCGGGGAGUGUUAUGAUGACCUGCUUGACUUGGACUUUAUCCUCAACAAUUCAAACGCAGAACAGCGAUUCUACAAUGACGAUUCAUCAGUGGGGAUUAUGAUGAUAAAACAAGAACCGAACAGUCCACUCAUGCGAGCGGAUUUGGACAAUGUUUUUGGACAUUCCGACCUUACACAUUUGACAGUUGCUAUUCCAAAAGAACAAAUGCAUCAACAAAAGUCUAUGUACGGCUUGUCUCCAUGUAUGUUGACACCGCAUGGUUAUCUGUCGCCACCCGAGUCUCCUCAACAGUGUAUAUCUGAGCCACCAAUGAAGGUUCAGCGAUUUAAUCAAUCUCAACUGAGCCCACAGCUAGUUGCAAUGGCGUUACAACAACCUCAACAUAUGGUCGGUGCACAUAACACACCACCAACAUCUCCGCUUAUGGACCUUCUUAUCAACUCAUCAAACGAGAACGUCUUGACAUCGCAACCUCUUCAGAGUCAACAGGUGAACCGUCGAAAAGGCCGCCGAACCUGGGGUAGAAAGCGAACAACCACACACACGUGCUCACAUCCAGGCUGCAACAAAACCUACACCAAGAGCUCGCAUCUCAAGGCUCAUCUCCGAACCCACACAGGGGAGAAGCCGUAUGCGUGCAACUGGAAGGGAUGUGGUUGGAAGUUUGCCAGAUCGGAUGAGCUAACCAGGCACUACCGCAAACACACUGGGGAUCGACCUUUCCAGUGUCAUCUCUGCGAACGGGCAUUCUCUCGUUCUGAUCACUUGUCGCUUCACAUGAAGCGUCACAUGUAAACAUGGUUCUGCACUCAGACCUUGGUCUGACUGUGCUUCCUUUUAAACCUAUUUUGGCAUUUUUAACUAGUCACUAGUGACAUUUUUAAUGUUAAAUAAAUGCAUUGCCUUGUGCAAGCAUUUGUAAUUUGCCAUGGGUGUCGUGUCUCGCGCACAGAACGACGAAAAAGCUAGCCUCUGCCAACAGUCCAGCCUCGGAUUGAGGCAUGGAUGAUGGCGUCGAAGUGGCGAAAAGGUGCUAUUCGAAGAGUUCUUUAAAUGUUAAAAAAAAAAACAGGCGUAAAUAUUACAAAUUUUGUACUUGCCAUUUUAAGUAACCUCGAAUAGUAUAACUGUUCCAGUGAAUUAUGUAUGUUUUUUAUCAUUUAGUAUGCAUAUUGUGUGUUAACAUCGUUAUGUAUUGUGAUAGUAUGGUUUAGCUGGAACAAUUUAAAGAGAGAUGGAAGGUAAAGUGCUUUAAGCACAUCCUAUUGCGUACACAUUAACAUCGUGUGUGCAGCUAAAAAGUUUUUACAACUUGUUUCCGUUGAGGAAGUAUUUGCGUGAAGUCUACAAAUCGGUUGCGGUUUUGCUUAAUUGCCGGAGAGACCAUCGUGGGUUAGAUGUCUAACUCGUAGUUCACUUAGCAACCUAGAGACUUGUUGUACAUGUGCAAUCGUAUAUUUGGAAUUAUUGGUGUUUUGACAAUCAUUUAAGAUCACCGGGCUGGUUCCCUCAUAGAGUUGGUACCGUACAACUCACAUUUGCCGAAUUUAUCUUCCGGUUUAGACAUUUUUUAAAUAAAUGCUUAAAAAAUUAAAUAAUUCCUUGUAAAUAGAAAGAUUUUUAUAUAAACAAGUGCGAAGAUGCACAGUUAUUUUUAUAUGUAUUAAUUCGAUAAAGUACUUAUGAUUAUUAUUAAUGUUUUAUGAUCUACACUUGUAGCUUUUGCUCAUUUGCAUAUGAUCAAAUAUUAAUUUAUGAAAUCGCACUUUGUUGAAUUCGUCAUUUAUGUUAGCCUUUAUAUUUAUGCUAAUCACUGUGGUUAUUCUGUGGUUUUACGAAAAUAAUGAAAAAUUUACAAUAAACAUUACAAAAUCAAUUUGAAAAUGA